CUAAUCAGACGCGACUCUUCAGUCUUCAAGGUUAGCCACGGAAGACGGUGGCAAAGAUGUAAAAUCUCCUUGCUUUCUGGUUUUGUUCCCUUCUUACUUCUCACCGUCUGCCAUUUUUUCCGUCGCUCACAGAAGGCGGCAACAACGUUCUUCCUCCAUUACUCGACAGGAAACCUGAAAUUAGUCUUAGACGCACAUAUAGAUGGCCAGAUGGGAUGAGAUUUUUUCACUUCCUGUACAAAACCCACCAAAUUUGGAGUUUUCUUCUGCUGAACUUGUUUGGUCAAAGGUGGAAGGCUGGCGUGACAAGCUAGACAGGGUUGCUUUAAUCCCCUUUUCUAGGGUGGAUGAUUUUGUGAGGGGUGAAGCUGCAAAUAAGGACUGUCCAUCGAGAUUUCAUGUAGAAGCAAGGCGACGCCGGCCUUCUCAAAUGCCUUACAAGGCAAAGGUUGAUGGCAUUCUCGAGUAUAUACUGUAUUGGUGUUCCUUUGGACCUGAUGACCAUAGAAAAGGAGGCACGGUUCGGCCCAGCAGGAGUACUUACGUACCAAAGAAGAAAAAUGCUGGUCGACCAAAUACUAAGAGAGGGUGCACCUGCCACUUCAUUGUGAAACGUUUGAUUGCUGAGCCAUCUGUAGCUCUUAUUGUAUAUAAUCAUGAAAAGCAUGUGGAUAAGAAAGGUAUACCAUGCCAUGGCCCACUGGACAAGAUGGCUGCUGGUACACGUGCUAUGUUUGCUCCAUACAUCUCAGAGGAUCUUCGUCUUCGUGUAUUAUCCUUGUUACAUGUUGGUGUUUCAGUAGAGACCAUAAUGCAGAGACACAAUGAAUUUGUGGACAAACAGGGAGGUCCAUGUAAUCGUGAUGACCUUUUAACUCAUAGGUAUGUUCGGAGACAAGAGAGGAGCAUUCGGCGCUCUAAGUAUGAGCUGGAUCCAGAUGAUGCAGUUAGCAUCAGUAUGUGGGUUGAAAGCCACCAGAGUCAUGUAUUCUUCUUCAAGGAUUUCUCUGAUUCGGAUCCUUUCACAUUAGGCAUUCAAACAGAGUGGCAAUUACAGCAAAUGAUUCGGUUUGGCAAUUGCAACCUUGUGGCUUCUGAUUCAAGGUUUGGGACUAACAAAUUGAAGUAUCCCAUUCACAGUCUCAUUGUGUUCAACUCUGAUAACAAGGCUAUCCCAGUAGCGUGGAUAAUCACACCGAGAUUUUCUAGUGCAGAUACACAUAAGUGGAUGAUGGCUCUCUACAAUAGAAUUCGUGCAAAAGAUCCUACAUGGAAGUUGGCUGGGUUUAUUGUGGACGAUCCUUCAGCCGAUGUACUUACAAUAAGGGAUGUGUUUCAGUGCUCUGUAUUGAUAUCCUUUUGGCGAGUACGCCGUGAGUGGCAAAAGAACUUAUUGAAGAGAUGUUCGGGGACACAGAUGUGUAUUCAGAUAGCAAAAAGGCUUGGAGAGGUAGUGGAUGACAUAUGCAGAGGAAAUGGAACUGUUGAUCUGUUUAAUACUUUAAUGGAAGAUUUUGUUGAUGCAUCUGAUUUUAUGGACUAUUUCAAGGCAAUCUGGUAUCCUCGACUAGGAAUUUGGACCACUGCAUUAAAAACUAUUCCACUGGCUAGCCAGGAGACUUGUGCAGCAUUGGAGUUUUACCACAACCAGCUGAAGCUAAGAUUAUUGAAUGAAAAGGACCCUGGUGUUUAUCAACGCGCUGAUUGGUUGGUUGAUAAGUUGGGUACCAAAGUGCAUUCCUACUUCUGGCUUGAUGAGUACUCAGGGAAGGAUGAUUUUGCAAGAUACUGGAAAGAUGAAUGGAUUAGUGGUUUGACAUCUUGGCGUAAAGCACUGAAAAUCUCUGACUCGGAUGUCGUCGUGGAAGGUAGAUGUGCAAAAAUUACUGAUCAUUGUGAUCGAAACAUCACCUAUAUUGUUUGGAACCCUGGUUCAGAGUUUGCUAUUUGUAACUGCACCUGGGCAGAAAUGGGCAACCUGUGCGAGCAUGUGAUCAAACUUAUAAAACUAUUUCGUGAUAAAGGGCAUACUAAGCCAUCUAUUACCAUGUUUCAGUACAACCGGACCUUGUUUGAUACGCUAUUCUGCCCACCACAUGAUUCCGUGUUUCGUGAUCAUGCUGUUUCCUUAGCAGUCUCUAUACAGAAGCAAUUAGGUGCACUAGUUGAUUUGGAAAGUAGCCACACUACUGCGAAUCCCACUCAGAAACUAGCCGAAGUACCUAUUGAGCAACAAACUUCUAAUCAAGAUAGAGAGUUAGUGAGUGAGAAUGACUUUAUGGAUGAGGAGGUGCCAUCACAAUAUAAGAAUGCUUGUGCUGGCGGAAAUGAUGGCUGUGAAGAUAGUAUAGGUGAUGUUCAUAGUGGUAGUGCAAAUGGCACUGGCAUCGAGACUGACGGAGAAGAAGGUGCUUGUGCUGAGAUGGAUAUUGAUCCAUUGACCAUCUGCAUUUCUCCUGCCAGUUUAGUCUCUGUUGAUGAGGGUGUAUCUGGAAAUCUUCUCUCAGAAAAUGCAGAUGUGGUUACGGAUAUAGGCGAUAAUGGGGGCAGAAUUACGAUUUUGGAAGAUGAUGCAUUCACUAACAAAAAUUGUUUUGAAGAAGGUAUAUUGGGCCGGGAUAGCUUUCAAACUAUGAAAUACGUGAAACUGCCCGCCAAUGAUGCCCCUGCUUCUGCAACAGAGUUUCUGGAACAGUGCAUGAUGACCCAUCAGGAUAGUGUUUGCAGCACUGAUGCUGGGCCAUCAAAAGCUUCCAGCACAGCUGAUGCUGCUGACUUAUCGGACAACACAUCUCCAUUCCCUGUGCAAACUGAAUCAAAAGUGGCUGAACCUUCAGGUGCUAUCAUAGAAAACCAAGGGACACAGUUUGAACGAGAGAAUGUAAGCUUGGCUAAGGAUCAUUUCUGUACAGAUGGUGCUAUUUCGUUUGAUGGAGUUUCCAAUGAGAAAAGAGAUUGUUCAAAUGGCGGUCAUGAUAUGUUGCAUUCAGAAUCACUGCCCAAACAACCAUUGGUGAGUGCUGGAGAUGAGGAAGCUGCUUCCUGUGAGAAGUUAUCUUCGUCUGACAAAUCCGUUUUGAGUGUAUGCGAACUUCAAGAAGGUGUCAAGAGUGAUAACGCUGAUAACGCAGAUGCCAACAACUUAGAGACUGGCGGUAGCACUGUUUCCGCCACUAGUUGCAUUAAAAAGCCAUCUUUAACUGAGAAAUUAUCUCCAGUCGAACGCAAGCUUUGAGAGGCUCCUGACAAUGGAAAUGGGUGUGGUAGUGUCGACAGUGAUAUUACCAGCCAUUUAUAGGAGGCUACUGGUACUAUUACGGGGACGAGCAAUCUCAAGUUUAGUCUGACAAAUCUCAAACAGAGGCAAUGUCACUGCACCAUGGCUAAUAUUUUGACUAUUGCCUGCUCAUUUUUCAUGCACAUAUAUAUAGUUAUAGUUAUGAAUUACACUUUCAGGAAUGCAGGAAGUAUCUUUUGUUACAGGGUUUAUUUACUUUGAGCCCCGUUGAUUGAGAUGGAACUUUUUCCUCCCUCUUAGCCUAAAUUUUCUGAAGGUAUAUACAUGAACUUCUCUCAGUAUUUUGGAAA